CGUCGAACGAACUCCAACGAUUGUCAGAUUCACAUUUAACGGAUAUAUAAACAUAUAGUCAAGCAAUCUAUACUCGAUCAAUACUAAGCAUAAUGCAGUCCAGUUGUGUGAUCGUGCUCGUCUUGGCCAGCGCAGCGUUGGUGGCCGCUCGUCCGGAGCCACCUCGUGACACCUAUAGCGCACCACCGUCCAGCAGCUAUCAGCCAAGUGGACCCAGUGGCGGCUAUGGCGCACCUGCACCACAAUAUGGACCACCGCAGCAGCCGCCAGUGGUGCACAAGCAUGUCUAUGUGCAUGUGCCACCACCAGAGCCAGAGUACCAGGCACCCAGGAAGCCUCUGUAUGUGCCGCCACCACAGAAGCACUACAAGAUUGUCUUUAUCAAGGCACCAUCUCCUCCAGCACCAACUGCUCCGAUAAUCCCACAGUUCCCACAGAACGAGGAGAAGACUUUGGUCUAUGUGCUGGUCAAGAAGCCCGAGGAGCAACCAGACAUUGUCAUUCCAACGCCGGCACCAACGCAACCCAGCAAGCCCGAGGUCUAUUUCAUCCGCUACAAGACCCAGAAGGAGGAGACUGGACCCUAUCCCAACAGCAUUGCUCCUCCUUCGGAAUAUGGUGCGCCUGCCGCGCCUCCAGCUCCAUCCGCGCCCAGCAGCUCCUACGGUGCGCCUUCCCACUAGAUGGAGUCCUCAGCAAGCCCAUAUCAUGGUUUAUCCCAUUGAAAGCUACAUCAUGGUUUUUGUUUAUCUUUUUUUUUGUUUCAUUUCAAGAAAAGAAAAAAAACGACUUAACGUGUGACAAAGUUUACGAUCAACGAACAUCCCCCUUCCAAUCAUUAUUGUUGUUUCUUAUGUAAUUUUUACCUCUAAACAUUCUCCAAUAGGCUGUUUGUUUCAAUUUGUUUGUGUAAUCUUAAGUGUAAUUAUAGUUCUUUAAGCACAUGCGUUAUAUACAUAUACAAAUACGAAUAUAUAUCUCACAUUUUCGACUAUAUAUAGAUAUACUUUUAUAUAUAAUCGCACAUGAUACAUUUAUCGCAAAUGCAUUUCAACUAGGCAAAUACCUAGCGUUAUUUCAGUAAAUUGUUGUUGUUGAGCACAAAGAUAAUGUGUAAUUUGAGAAAAAGCACUAAAAAGAACAAAAAAAAAUGUAAA